CGGCGUGCAGCAGUAAGUUUGUGCCUUCAGUCACUCACUCCUGCAGCGCGCGAGCUGCGACUCAGAGCUGAGGAAGGUGAUGAUGAUGAUGAUGAUGAUGGUGGUGGUGGUGAGAUGUGGGCUGUGAGUAACCAAACAGAGGGGAUUCAGAUAUCACUAGAUAGUGAGCACCUGCUGGUGGCAGUUCUGAGAGCUCGAGCUCUGGGUGUGACGGUUGUCUUUUGUCCUCCACCUGCUUCCUCUCACAUGAACUAACUGGAAUAUGCUUCUCUGUUGAACCGGAUCGCGCUGGAAGUGCGUUUAAUUGAGAAGUUAGUCUGUGUGUCGCCGGCACUCUUAGCGCAUCGGUCACUCAUGUGUUGUGGUGAUUGCUGGCGCUCGUCUAAUGUCACCCCGUGAGUGAGCGCGCUCCAGAUGCACGCGCUGUUUGAUCGGAAUUGGAAAGGGCUGGGAAUCGAUCCGUCUCCGGUCUCGCUGCCCCACGUUGCCGUGAGGAUGUUCAGCUGCGUCGGGUGCUUUUGGGUGCUCCUGUCCUCCGCCCUGGUCGCGAUUUGCAGUUUCAGUUUCAUCUCGCCCGCGUGGAUAGUGAAGGACCAUCUGAAGAACAAGGACUCUGUGAGUUUUGGGCUCCUGUGGCACUGCUCCGAGUCUCUGGAUCAAAUGUACAGAUGUUACACCUUUGGCGGGCUGGGCAAAUUUCAAGAGAUUCCUUCGAGCUCUUGGCAGACGAGUGCAGUGCUGUGUUCAGGUGGAUGUGCUCUUCUGGCCGUCAGCUCCCUGCUGGCCAUCAUCACCAUCUUCCUGCCCAGUGGAGCCUGUGAGAGGAGGAUCUGCACAUUGGCAGGAUACAUGCAGAUGGCUGCAGUGGUCAUUAUGGCAUCUGGUUUACUGGUUUACCCCUUCGGUCUCAACUCCAGCCUGGUCAAGUCUUUCUGCGGAGACUCUGACAUCUACUACGCCGGGGAGUGUCAGAUAGGAUGGGGCUACAUGCUGGCUAUCGUAGGUGUCAUGCUCACUCUCUUCCUGCCCUUUUUCGCCAAGUACGCCCCUAAGGAGCAGCUGUCACCCACCCCACUGCCCACUCUUUUAUAGAGCACUAAAGACCCCCACCUACAAUAUUCAACCUGCUCAGCCGUCAUAAAGAAUUGUUAAAAAGAUCAAAGAUUUGAGGAUGGACAGAUUGCGAAGUCUCAGCUUCAUUAGCCGUGAUUGGUGAUAAUGAUGUCAUGAAGACCAUGUCGCUCUGGAGCAGAACUCAAGACCCUUCAUCCUUUCUAUUGUCAUUGUUUUUAUUUUUUAGCGUCCUCCUUAAUUCGAUAAGGUCUUUUUUUGUCCCAGUCAAUCUGCCAGGUGAAAAAUUUGUUUAAAUGGAUUUUGCUCUUUCUUUUCCUCCUUUCUAAUUUAUUUUCAAGCUCUGUUCUUGAUCGAAGACCUCUAAGGACUAACUACUGAAAACAUCGGACAAUGGUGCAAAUUAGUAUUUUUGAACUUUGAUUUGCAAGGAUCAAAACCAAAAAUAGCAAAUUAAAUGAAAAUUGAGUAUCAAUUUCCAAUACUAUUUUACUAGGACUUGUCAGCAUGCAGUGAAAGGAUGGCAAAAGCAAACGGUAGGCCCUUCUCAAAUGGACAUCUUCAAAUGGAUCAUGGAGUUCAUUGAGAGAAACUAAACUCAAACGUAAUAAAUCUGAAAGUUGGAAAGUUUCGAAGCACCUGAUAUAGUACUUAUUCAAGGACCAACACUGUGGCUUAAGUAAACAUUUUUAUCCUCCGAACAAGUUUAAUUAACAGGCAUCUGUCUGAAUUUUCUUCAUUUUGUUUCUCAUCUGAGGGCCAAUAAGGAACUGUACUGACAAUAUGGACCGGGCCGUUGCUUCAAACUGCCAUGGAUGGACCACAAGCAUGGACUUUUCUCAACUGUACGUGAAAGUGAAAUGAUCCCACAAAGUAAAACCAUUUGUUUUCCCAAACUGAAUGAACAGGAUAUGUUGUGAAGUCUCCUUUUGCGUUCUUUACUGUAACACCUACUAGUACUGAAUUAUUCAGGAUUACACAAAUCAGGAGCAAGGCUGUUCUUAGAUAAAGUUGGGCUUAGUCAACAUUGAGACACUACGUUCUGGAAAAUACCAACUUCUAACCAACUUGUGCCUUUUGACCAUUGCUAAGACUUAAGUACCUUUCAUCAGGUAAUCUACUUCUGAAACAUUUUGUAAAUGCUUUCUUGUUGGAUUAACAUUGUGUGAUUAUUUCUGUACGUCUCCAUCUUUAAUGACGAUUAGUUUUAGCUGAGCGUUUUUAAUGUUGGCGCCUCUUGCCAAGCUGAUGGCUGAUGGUUUUGUUUUAAAGGGGUUGCAAAAAAGAAGAAAACAAUGAAAGCUAAAUUAGUAAGUCAUUGAACAAGACAGGAAGACCAAUUGAGUCCUGAUUUGUCAUGACAGAUUUAUGUAUUUCUGUGGGAAAUUUGCUGUAAUGAUCAAAUUAAGCUAAUGUGCUAAUGCAUUUACACUUGGCACAGCAAUACAGUGAAGCUAAAGCUUCUACUUGGAUCAUUCCAUAUUGCACUUGGCUCACUUUUGCUGUUGUGUUGAUCCAUUUGUGUGUUAUGUGUUCAGACAGGCUAAAACAUUGGCACUCAACUGCCCUCUUUUCGUAGAUUUAACACCAAAUUCUAUUAUGAUAUAGAUGUGCUGACAGCAAAACAAACCCAUUCCCACCGAUAUGUGUGUACUUAUAACUCUUAGGGUAGCUGAGGCUCAGAGGACAGAGCACAACUUUAAACUGGCAUGAGAUGUCAAAUCUAACAGGCCCUUUAAAUGUGUUUAUGCAGGAGUACACUGGCAUUCUCUGAUUGCCUUGAUGGUGAUGGCAACUUGCGUUCUUGAGUUUAUGUAUGUAAAGUCUGACCACUGGUAGAUCUUAGAUCUUGUAGAUUAGUGCUGUGGGUUUCCCACUGUGUUUUGGUUGUAAAUAGUUCUGUAACAUGGCAUCCUGAUGGUUGGUUCCCUUUUGAAAGAUAUAUUUUGCAAUGUUACCUCAUCAUUGUGUUUGUUUAACCUUUGAAAUCUUUAACAAAUUGCUGUUAUGUGUUUCUUCUUUGUAAUAAAGCAUUUCAUAAACUGUC